AGAGCGCGGCCUGCGCGGCGAGGAGUCGCGCCGUUCCGGCAGCCGUUCGGCAUUUCAAACAGUCGCUUAAAAGGGUAUUUGGACUUUUACAUAACUACCGUGUGUGAAAAAAAUUGACAACGUCGUGGUAUGCUGGUGAAUCGGUGCUGUGAAGGUGCGUUAAAACAGUGUUCCUCGCGCUUCAUUUGCGACAAUGUUCGUAGACGUAGAUAACCUUGCAAACGAGUUCUACUUGGAGGUGAUUAAGACCCGAGUCUUGGUUAUUAUCGCUACGGAUGUGGAUGCUGUAGCGGCGUGCCGCAUUUUGCAGCAGUUGUUUCACUCCGACAACGCACUGUACACGCUUGUUCCUGUGUCGAAGAAAGCGGCUGUGGCAGCAGCGUACCGCGAUCACUGUGAAGGAAUUAAGAACGUCGUCUUGCUGAAUUGCGGUGCGACGUGGGACGUAAUUGAAGAGUGCAAGCCUGAAGACGACGACGUAGUUUUCUACAUAGCCGACAGCAAUCGACCAGUGCACAUUCACAAUGUCUACAACACGAGUCAAGUCCGUCUCCUGAUGCCAUCUUUGCCGGAGGAAGGUGUGCCCGCCUACGAGGACCUCUUCAGGGAGGACGAAGAUGACGACGAGGAUGAAAUGAGCAUAGAAGAAGUCGCCGACCGGCGGAGAGAGCGACGCGAGUGGGAGGAACGCCGUAAACAGCUUCUCUUUGAAUACACCGAGUUCAGCUAUCAUGGUAAAUCAACGGCUGUCACCAUGUUCGAAAUGAGUUGGAAGAUGACUCGAGAUACGCCAGAAAUUCUAUGGUGGGCGAUCAUCGGGCAGUCAGAGCAGUACAUCUCCGGAAAAAUUGAACACAAUCGGUAUGUGCUGGAGGCUGGGGACCUUCAGGCACAUGUUUCCCGUCAAAUUCAAAGAAGAACUGCUGCACUAGAUCCUUUGGCAGUGCAAAUAUCGUUCGACCAGGAGCUGCAUCUUCCUCUGUACACACAUUGGUCCCUCAUGGAGAGCCUACGAAACACCCCGAAUAUUUUUUGCAAAUUUAAGUUGUGGACUCAAAAAGGCUACCGUAGACUGCAGGAGUUUCUUGCAGAACUUGGCCUACCACUUCUACAGUGCAAGCAGCAGUACGCUUCAAUGGACAUCAACCUCAGGAACAACGUGAAGGAGUGGAUGUGCAACAUGGCCGAGAAGUACGGGCUUGAAAAUCUACUUUUUGCUUGCUUUACUGGCAAAUGUGGCUACCGGGACCACUUCUUCGCCUCUGAUGCUGCAUUUGGCCUCAUGGCUCUUCUUGAGUCUCCUGUAGAUGAUGUAACAACCAACUUCUUUAAUGCACUAGAUGCCCUUUCGUGGUCGAACACAGAGCUGCUGCGUAGUGGCAUUCAGCUGGCAAAAGAGCGCUUGGUAGCCACCACGCAGCAGGUACACUCUUUUAUGGAUCUGGGCAGUAUCAUCUGUGCUGGGCCCUUUCUGUACAGCACUGUGCAGGAGGGUGCUCAACACAGUAAGCUCUUUGGAUGGCCAAGUGGUCUCUUUCAGUUGGCCCGAUGUGCACUGCAGGCCUAUGUGGCCAACACCAAAAGCCGUCGCUUUGCCAUCCUCCCCCUUGUGCUAGCAGCCGACUAUUCAAGUGACCCUGCUUACACACUGGUAGUUGGCAUCCCACCAUUGUCCGAAGAUUCGCCAAAGAACUUUUUUGGCCGUGCUUUUGAGCGGGCCAGCACAAUGACACACUGUACAUACCAUGCUGAUUUUUUCUGUUCACCAGCUGUUUUAGUUUACAAGCAGGAUCGGGGCAAGUUUCUUGAUGCUCUUGUGUCGUUGCUGGUUUGAUCCAUUACAACGCUGUUGCUGUGGCAGCUGCCAUGUUAUGGUAGUCUGUGGGCUGUACAUAUUGUAAGAUUCCUUGUUUUGAGUUUGCAAUUUUUUAAAUGGACAGUGCAAGCAAAAUCACAACACUAG